AUGAAGCUACACAUUGGAUUAAUCCUGUUUUGUGCUGCUAUAUGCGUUGGAGCAAGUGAUCGUGAUCGUGAAGAGAUGAAAGAUCUGACUAAGUUCGAUUUUAUCGCGACCAAACUGCAUAACAUGGAGGUCAAGUUGCAAAAUAUGGAGGUCAAGCUACAGAACAUCGAAGAAAAUCAACGGAAGGUGGAUAACAUGGAGUUGCUGUUGCAGAAGAUUGAAAAGCAGAUCAAUGACCAUCGGUCUACCCAGGAACAGAGUAUUUCUAAUCUCCAAAAAGAAGUGCUUGGCGCGCUUCAAAACCAGGACACUCAAGCCUCACGCAAUUACAACGCUCUCCAAAAUCAAAUCCAACAGAGCGUCGAUAGAGCGUUGCAUAAAAUUGAUCAAGACGUCGGACGAGUGCUGCAAAAACAGGAUACUCAACAUAUCUUUUCCUCAUGCAUGGAUGUUCCAUCGAACGUGUCGGGAACAUAUACGAUACGCGUAAAGAGUGAUGGCGUUAGUGUUCCGUUCGAAGUGUAUUGUGAACAGAAAGCGUUUGGUGGUGGAUGGAUCGUCAUCCAGCAUCGAUUCGACGGUUCAUUGGACUUCUACCGUGGCUGGAAUGAGUUUCGUGAUGGGUUUGGUGAUUUCGAUAAAGAGUUUUGGUUGGGUUUGGAAAAAGUGCAUCAGCUUACAAAGGCUCGUAACCACGAGUUGAUUGUAGAAUUGAAGGACUUUAACGCAAGUGAUCGUGAUCGUGAAGAGAGAAAAGAUGUCAAUCAUGCAGCGCACGGAUCGUUGGGAUAUGGGCUGGAGUUGCUUCUCACUAAGUUCGACGUUGUAACGAAUAAGCUGCAGAAAAUAGAAGACAAGCUGCAGAGGACCGAAAAAAAAUUGCAAACAAUAGAGAACCAGUUCAGCAACUAUCGAUCCACCCAAGAGCAGAGCAUUUCUACUCUCCAAUCAGAAAUGUUUACCGCGCUUCAAAAGCUGGAAACUCAAGUCGUGUUACAAUUGAGUAAGCUACAAAAUCAAAACCAGGAGAAGGUCGAUGCAGCAUUCCAUAAACUCGACGGCGGCGUAGGUCAGAUGCUGCAAAAACAGGACCUUCAUAAUCCCUAUUACUCCUGCAAGGAUUUACCAUCGAAUGCCUCGGACAAAUAUGUGAUACGUGUAAACAGUGGUAGAAAACCAUUCAAAGUGUAUUGUGAGCAAAAAGCGUUUGGAGGUGGAUGGAUCGUCAUCCAGUACCGGUACGACGGUUCAUUGGAUUUUUAUCGUGACUGGAAUGAGUUUCGUAAUGGGUUUGGUGAUUUCGAUAAAGAGUUUUGGUUGGGUUUGGAAAAAGUCCACCAGAUAACAAGGAAUAAUAAGCAUGAGCUGAUCAUUGAGUUGAAGGACUUUAACGGAAACCACGCAUACGCACGAUAUGAUGGAUUCGAAAUAGGGAGUGAAAGUGAAGGGUAUGUUCUGAAGGAACUGGGAGCGUAUAGUGGUACAGCUGGUGAUUCAAUGUCGCACAACAAUGAUGAGAAAUUUUCAACGAAAGACCGGGAUAAUGAUCAGAGCGAAUAUGAGCAAUGUGCUCAUGAGCGUGAAGGCGCAUGGUGGCACUUUCAAUGUACCUUUGCGAAUUUAAACGGGCGGUAUAUGGACGCAGACGAUCCAAAAUCAAUGUAUUGGGAUGAUUUCAAAGAGCGACAAGGAUUGAGUUACUCGAGAAUGAUGAUACGCGAGAUGGAAUAG